GAAAAAGACCCGGAAGUAAGUUCUGUUUUGGUUUUUGUCGGGGCGGGAAAGUUCAGCUAGGAAGUCAACACACGACAAGUACUCGGUGAUUUAUCCUAAUGAUGACAUCCAAACAGAAAGACGCGGCCCCGGCUGCAGUCUCGCCGGUUCUCUUCAUGACCGUGGAUGGUGAACCCAUGUCGUUCUUCCUGCGACCGGGUCCGGCCAAACGCAAGCUCCAGCCACUCAUCUCCGCUGGAGGAGGGAUGAUGUGCAACAUGCAGCAGCCAGGAGCGAUCCUGCUGAUCAAUCCUGAGGAAAGGAGCUCUAUUCCUGAAUCUACUGCUCAUCGGUAUGUGUCAACGCAGUAUAUAGAAGACUGCAUUGAGAAGGAAGAACAGUUGAAUAUAGAGGACUACAGGCUAAAUCCUGAAGUCCAGAAACCCUCCGCAAAACUCAACACCAGCAAAGGCAGCUCUCCUGGACUCUCAGGAGGCAGGAUUCACUACACCCCUGAAGAAGAUGAAGCCAUUUUGAAAUAUGUGAGAAAGCACAAGGCGGAGAUCGGGGGGAACCGGCUUUGGCAGGAGAUGGAGAAGCAGCGCCUGACCUGUCACAGCUGGCAGUCAAUGAAAUAUCGCUACAGAGUACGACUGGCUAAGAAACAGUCAGAGUUUGUGGAUGUGGAAACAAAGGAAGAAGACAACAAGCCAGCAGAGGAAAUGACUGAGGAGAAAGAAAAUCAAGAGACAGAUGUUCAAAAGACGUCUUGUGAAGAAGUUACACAUUCAGCAGAAACAGAAGUGGAUGCCCAGGUCUCACCUUCUGGAAGCAGAACGGACAAAUCUGAUGCACCGACGUCCACAUCUCCCGUUGCCGAAGAUCAGCAUGUGAACCGACAGGUAGAGGAAGAAGCAGCUGAAAACACACAAGUAGAAACUGUCGAAGCUGAGCCGCCUCCCUCGCUACAAAUAGAGGGGCCUCGUGCAGAACUACAGACAGAUACCCAACUCAAUACAAGUGAGACUACACAACCAGAGAGACAUGGACCACAGGAAACUUUCUCCCCACAGAAGCAAAGUUUGGAGGAGGACUCUGCACCGACUCAGUCCGAGCCUUCGCUCAAAACUCCUUCUUCUGCAAAGAAGACAAAAGAGAAGCUGAAGGCCACUCCUGAGCAAAACCUGCCGGAGCGUCGGAUGACUCGUAGGCGACUUGAGUUGGAGGCGUCAUCGACCCCUGAACCUUAUGGCAAAAAACUCAGAUCCUCAUCAACUGCUCAGUGGUCGACACCUUCUCCCCAAUCUUCGAAGAAAACCAAAUCAGCGGAGAAGUCUACUUCUAAGAGACCCAGAGUGAAGACAGUGGCAGCAGAGGAAGAGGUUCAGCGGGAGCAGAGUGGACCCACAAACGUCUGUGAAACGACGCAAGCAGAUGAACCUACUUCACCACCACAGAAGAAGAAAGAUAAGAGACCUCUAGGGAUUCUUGAACUGGCAGCGAAGGAAUUUGAACAUGGAAGUGAGUCUGAUGAAGAUGAAACUCCAGAUCUCCAAAGAGACACAGCUGAGACGGCAGCCACAUCGACAAAAGCCCACCCCCCACCUUCUGAUACGGCUGCAGAUCCUGCUCCCUCAAAGUCUAACCCUCAACCUGAACCUGAACCUGAACCCAUCGUCCAGGAGGAGGCGCCACAAGCAGCCUGUCCUCAACCUGCUGCUGCUGCUGCUGCUGCUGCUGAGCCUCCUGUCUCUGAGGCUGUCAAUGCAACCUCGAAGGCUCAUCUGUUCAUAUUUGACAGUGAAUCUCAAGAACAAGCCUCUCAGUCCAUUUUUGGUUCAGCGGCUCCGCCAGACACUCAGCCAGCAGUUCAAAAAGCCGCUGCCUUUUCUCUGACUCAGGUCCAAUUAGAGGAGGAUAAGCAGCGAAUCAGAGAGCUGAUGAAGCAGACACAACAGGACUUAGUUAGUGUGACCAAAGCUUUGCUGAAGACCAGUGGAGACUUCUCUGCUGCUCUGGACCUGCUUUUAAAUCCCACCUCCAUCUCUGGACCAUUUUGGCAUCGCCACGACGACAACCUUUUGCUCUCGGAUGAUCCCGACGUUCGCCAGGAGCUGCAGGAGAAAUAUGGUGAAGAGAACGUGGCCAAAAGAAUCAUGUUCCUCGAGGUGGAGGGAUAAAAAAAACAAAACAAGCGAUUGGUACAUAUGGAAGUAAUCUGGACAUGUUUGUCAUCUCUUAUUAACUCACUGGCAAGCUAGUUAGCGGAUAUGGAUUUUGUUGCUUGUCCCUUCACUGCUGCUCUUACUUUUAUUUCUAAAUUUCAAACAGUACAUCUGAGCAGAAUUGAAAAUUUGCAGAUAAAAUGUUAAAAGUGUUAAAUUACAUAGACAUUGUGCCGUGACCUGUAAUUUUGUUUGGCGACAGAAUCUUUUAAUGGGUUUUAAGCGCAAAAAUAUUAGUAUUUUAAAAAUAUAUAUUUUAUGUUUCUCUUCAUUGAAGUGCAUAUUAAAUAUUUUAGAAUAUUUAGUAAGCCUGUCCAUACAUUAUCAAAUAAAAUAAAUCUAAAAUUUAA